AUGGCCGUACCUAUCGCGGUUCUUGACUGCGACCUCUUGCUCUACGGCCGCGGACACAGGACUUUGGAUCGCUUCAAGCUGGAGGAUGUCACGGAUGAGUAUCUAGUGUCCACGUACGGUUUCCCCCGACAGUUCAUUUGCUACCUGGUGGAUCUCCUGGGAGCCACUCUCUCACGCCCUACACAGCGGUCCAGGGCCAUCAGUCCAGAGACGCAAAUCCUUGCUGCGCUGGGUUUCUAUACCUCUGGCUCCUUCCAGACUCGCAUGGGGGAUGCUAUUGGCAUUAGCCAAGCCUCAAUGAGCCGCUGUGUUGCCAAUGUAACCGAGGCACUGGUGGAAAGAGCCUCACAAUUCAUUCACUUUCCUAAAGAUGAAGCUACUGUACAGACCCUGAAGGAUGACUUUUAUGGGCUGGCAGGAAUGCCGGGAGUGCUGGGGGUGGUUGACUGCACCCACGUGGCAAUCAAAGCGCCAAAUGCUGAGGACCUGUCCUAUGUGAACCGAAAGGGUCUGCAUUCCCUGAACUGCCUCAUGGUGUGUGAUUCCAGAGGAGUCCUCCUUAGUGCUGAAACGCACUGGCCAGGCAGCCUGUCUGACUGCGCGGUGUUAGAGCAGGCAGCCCUCACAAGCCAGUUUGAAACCGAGCUACAUAAAGAUGGCUGGCUACUGGGUGACAGCUCCUUCUUGCUCCGGACGUGGUUGAUGACCCCUCUGCACAUUCCCGAGACGCCUGCAGAGUACCGCUACAACAUGGCCCAUUCCGCCACUCACAACGUCAUUGAGCGCACGUUCAGAACCAUUCGGUCGCGGUUCCGCUGCCUCGAUGGCUCCAAAGGCACCCUGCAGUAUUCUCCAGAGAAGUCCAGCCACAUCAUUCUGGCCUGCUGCGUGCUUCAUAACAUCUCCCUGCAACAUGGGCUGGACGUGUGGUCUGCACCAGCCGCAGGACACAUGGAACAAUCGGAAGAAGAAUACGAGCAAAUGGAGUCGGUGGACUCGGAAGCCUGUCGUGUUCGUCAGGAACUUUUAAUUACUCAUUUUAGCUAAUGUUGUCACAGAGGGAAGGUUCAUCUGGGAAGUUAUCUGGAGCAAACAUGCCCCUUCCUCUUCUUUAAGCCUGUAAAGACUUAAGCAGAUGUGAGAUGAGAAGAAAUAUACUCUCUUCAUUUUGGGCAAAUUUCUGAACUUCUCUCAAUCUCUCCAGAGAUUCAGUUUAAUUGGUACAUUUUUGCUGUCAUGAUGCUUAGAGGCGCCCCAUUCACUUGACUUAGAACAACGACUAAUGUGACAACAGUGGGAAAAUUAGGGAAAUUGUCUUUUAUAGUGUUGGAAAGUCUGUAAAUCUUGCACUGUUUUACAAAGCCACAAUUCUAUUCCACUGUGUAACUCAAAACACUUAUGAUUGAUUUUUUUAAACAGUAUUUUGCACAAAUUAAAUUUCCACAUGAG